AUGCCACCCCACUUCAGGUUCUCGUCGCAAGCUGCAGCGGACGCCCAGCGUCUCAAUGAAGAGCUCGCCAAUCUGAAGGCAGAGUUGGCUGAAGAGCGCAGCUUGUGCGGCACCAGCAAGGCCGAGGUGCACGAGCUUCGGGUGACCUGGACAGCUUUGGAACCUUUGGAACCUUCUGACCUGAUCCAGGCAGCAUCGGCAACCAGCGAGGUUUCGCGGCUCCAGGCCGAGCUGGCCUCACAGUCGAACAAGCUGGAGCAGCUGCAGGCGCAGCUGGAGAAGCAAGCUGUCAAGGCCCAGGAGGUGCGUGCUCAGACAUUGCCAGCCUAUGCAGACACUUUGGCCCAAGAUCUCCAGCCACAUUGGUGUGCAACGCUCGCCAAAGAUGUUCAGGCGUGUGGCGACUCGGAGCUUGCUUCCCCUCUCAAGGCGGAUGCUUUCUGCAGUCGUCCGAUCGUCGGCCGCCGACCAGCCGCUGCUUCUCUGCCGGCGCUGCCCAAGGCAAUUUCAAGGCUGCGCGCAGAGGUAUGUGUUUGCGGUGGCAGUGGUGGCAUCGGCCAGCCGCUUUCACUGCUGAUGGCGAUGGACGACAAUGUAGGUGAGCUGUCCGUGUAUGAUCUUGAUUUCGCCAUGGUGCCACCAGGUGGCGUAGCUGCAGAUUUGAACCACUUGGAGAAGAAGGUUCAGGUGAAGGGUUACGUCAAGAGCAAAGAGGAGAAGGCCAUCGAUGUCCUCGGCGACUGCCUCAAAGGCUGCAACCUGGUCUUGGUUCCUGCUGGCUUGCCAAGGAAGCCUGGUCAGACGCGCGACGACCUCUUCAAGAUCAAUGCAGGCAUCGCCAAGGAGGUGGUGGAAGCCUGUGCCAAGUACUGCCCCGAUGCGGUGAUCGCGCUGAUCGUCAACCCUGUCAACUCAGUGGUCCCAGCAAUGGCCGAGCUAUACAAGAAGAAAGGUCUGGAUCCGAAGAAAAUUGUGGGCGUCACCACACUGGAUGGCGUACGAGCCAACAAGUUUGUGGCAGAACUCACGGGCGAGGACCCUAAGAACAUCGAGGUGCCAGUGAUUGGUGGACAUGCAGGCGUCACGAUUAUGCCCGUCUUCUCGCAGGAUAAGCAUGCUGCGAAGAUUGCUCAGUCUGAAAUUCCUGCCCUCGACAAGCACGUGCAGGAUGCAGGAACGGAUGUCGUAAACGCCAAGAACGGCAAGGGAAGUGCCACGCUCUCGAUGGCCUAUGCCGGAGCCAGGCUGGGAAAGGCAGUCUUAGCUGGGAUGGCGGGCACUCCGACCACGGAAUGCGCCUAUGUCAUGUCCGACGUGGAACCAGGUUGCCCAUACUUCACCAGCAAGGCAAGGCGAUGA